CAAAGCAAUCUAGAUUCUAGGGGAGGGAGGCAUUCCAAUCUCCCGCUAUCGCCUGAAGAUGCAAACUCUUCAAAGCUCUUCUUUGUUCUUCACAUUCCCAUCUUCUAAAACCCUCCUUAAACCCCAAUCUUCAAAAUUCAGUUCUUUUUCUUUAUUCCCCUCUUCUUUAUCCAAGCCUUCCCGACCUCUUACACUUCACUGUUUCAGUUCAGAUGAAUUCCCAGUAGGUGAUGACGACGCAUUUCUCGAAGCAUUUGGGCCCAAGGAGAAAGAAUCCGAAGAAGAAGCCCGUCGCAAAAACUGGGUCGACCGUGGUUGGGCUCCAUGGGAAGAAAUCCUUUCACCUGAAGCUAAUUUCGCCCGAAAAUCUCUCAACGAAGGAGAAGAAGUCGCCCUUCAAUCACCUGAAGCUAUUGAAGCUUUUAAAAUGCUUAGCCCAAACUACCGAAAAAAGAAAAUUUCAGAUAUGGGUAUAACGGAAGAUGAGUAUUACGCUAAGCAAUUUGAGAUUAAAGGUGAAAUUCCUGAGCCUUUGAGUACUAUGUGGGCUGGGCCUUUAGUGGUUCGUCAUGUACCGCCUAGGGACUGGCCGCCGAGGGGGUGGGAGGUUGAUAAGAAGGAAUUGGAGUUCAUUAGGGAAACCCAUAAGCUGCAGUCAGUGAGAGUGGACUAUGAUAAAGUGGAGGAAAUGGUGAAAAUGGAGACUGAUGAUAUGGGGUUGGACCGGUAUAAGAUGUUUCUGAAGCAGUACAAUGAGUGGGUUGCUGCUAAUAAAGAUAGAUUGGAAAAAGAAUCUUAUAAGUAUGACCAGGAUUAUUAUCCUGGGAGGAGAAAAAGGGGAAAGGAUUACCAAGAUGGAAUGUAUGAACUCCCGUUUUACUACCCAGGACAAAUUUGUGCAGGUAAGGUGACAGCUAUACAUCUUUAUCAAGGAGCAUUUGUUGACAUUGGAGGUGUUCAUGAUGGGUGGGUGCCAAUAAAGCGAAAUGACUGGUAUUGGAUCCGCCAUCACAUAAAAGUUGGUAUGCAUGUCAUAGUUGAAAUUCUGGCUAAACGCGAUCCUUACAGGUUUCGGUUCCCUAUUGAGAUGCGCUUUAUUGAUCCUAACAUAGAUCACCUAAUCUUUAAUAGAUUUGAUUUUGCGCCUAUAUUUCACCGUGAUGAGGAUACAAAUCUAGAUGAAUUGCGCCGUGACUGUGGAAGACAACCUCUUCCUAGAAAAGACCCUGGAGUCAAAGUCGAAGAAGAACCACUAUUAUCAAAUCACCCCUACGUGGACAAGUUAUGGCAAAUCCAUAAUGCUGAACAAAUGAUUCUGGAUGACAUGGAGGCAAAUCCUGUUAAAUAUAAAGGCAAAAACUUGACAGAGUUAACUGAUGAUGAAGAUUUUGAUGAAGAAAAUCGCAUUGAAUACUCCAAAGCUUAUUAUAAGAAAGCGUUGCUUCCUAAAAUGAUUACGAAAGUCAGUGUAAAAGAGCUUGACUUGGAAGCUGCAUUUGCCGAGCGUCAGCACCAUAAUAAACUAAGAAUGGAAGCACAAGAACGAGGAGAGGUGUACAAAAUUCCCAAGCUGAGACGAAACAUUGAAAUGGAUGAAUAUGACUUUAUCCAUUGGCGUCGGUCCCUUGAGGAAAGAGAGGCUAUGUUAAGAGAUAUAAGCUG